GCACGAUUUCUUGACUGCCCGAGGAUAUACCGUGACAGUGCACGACUACACAAACCAGACCAUGCUAAAUCAAAUAAUGGCAUCAAGAGAUACUGAACUUGUGGUGGCAAUGCAUGGAGCGGGACUGGGUAAUGUACUGUUUUCUUCUGAAUCUACGCUAAUAGAACUGCACCCUUACGCCCACUCCAAGGAGACUUACAGCUCGCUUGCAUACUAUGCUGGUAUCGAUUACUUUGCCUGGUACAACCAAGACGCCAACUCAACAAUCGACAACGAUACGAGCAAUCACUACAAGCCUUCCGUGGAUUCCAAAGGAGCGAAAGUCGGGAAUGCUCACCUCUAUUGGAAACACAAAGACCAGACUAUCCAGUUGUCAGACUUUGAGACAACUACAUGGAAUAGAUUCGAGGCACACAGGAUUCACCAGCAUGGCUGUCUUUGCACAAACACCUGAAGCUUAAGGUGACAACAGCGAGCCGCAUACCUAGUAUGCUAUUCAUGCCAGAGUACUCGGA